AUGUGCAAUUCUAUCAAAGAAACACCUUGCAGGUCGGACUUUAAAGUUCGACCUGCAGGCAAAACUACAAAAUCUAAAGAACCUAAAAAGAGAAAAACAAAAGAUGAAAAGAAAAGAAGGCUAACUGACAAAGUCAAUCAACCUUUCUCGGAGGACGUGGCAUAUGAAACGAACCAGUUUCAUAGCAGUUGCCUCACGAUUUUAGCUGCACUGAAAUCGAGGACAACAAAUGUUUAUGCCUCUUUAGACAAGAAUGACAAGAAGGAUAAAAUAUAUAGCAGCAAAUGGUCUUUUCCUCUUACUGGUUGGAUCAAAGUUAAUUUUUAUGGGGCAGCCAAGGGGAACCCGGGGCCGACUGGGUGUGGGGGAGUUAUAAGAAAUGAAGCUGGUGAUUAUAUUGCAGUGAUGACACUCCCCAUAGGAUCUCAAACCAACCCCUUAGCCGAACCCAUGGCAGCUUACCAAGUUAUUACCCUAGCCAAAACCUUGGGUUACCAAAACGUUUGGCUCAAGGGAGAUUUAAAUAAUAUCAUAAGAUGUCUUAAGGGUCUCUCCCCCCCAUCCUGGACUAUCAAAAAUAUUAUAUCUUUCAGCAAGGAGAUAAUUAAGUCCCUCGAGUGGUGUGUUAUUUCAUAUAAUCAUAGAGAAACUAAUUCCAUGGCUGACUGGGUUGCCAACAUGAUUGUUCGUGUUGAUCAAAUGAUCUCCUGGAGAGGUGAGCUGGAUCUUCCUAAUGAUGCUCGUCCCAUCCUCGUUUAUGAUAGAGUGUAUGGAAAAGAUGGAGAGAUAAGUGAUGAUAACAUUGUACUUAUCAAUGAAAGUUGCUAUAACGAAUCAAAAAGAGUGGUGCUUGAAGGACGAGCUGGUGUUUAG